AUAGCCGCCAACUCCUUAUCUCUCUUAAUUUCGAUUUCUAUUGUUCUUAGAUCUCAUACUAAUCCAACUUUGAAACUUUCAUUGUUGAUUAUUUAAGGUUUCUAAAAAAGGAACCAAGGAGAAAAGAUCGGCAAAGAUUAAGAUGUCGAGACUCCAUCACUCGGAUUACCCAGCCCUUGAUCUCAAUGGAGACAAUUACCUUGAUUGGGCGAUGAACACUUCAGCCGAUUUAAAGUCUAAAGGACUUGGGAAGUGUAUCAAAUACGGCAAUGAUACCCUUGCAUAUGAAAGGCGUAGAGCUGUUUUGAUAAUGAGAAAGCAUCUCGUGAAGGAUCUGUAUGAUGAGUGCAGUUACAUCAACGAUCCUUACGAUCUCUGGUCGAGAUUGAACACCAUGUUCUUCGAGCCAUUACAAGAUGAGUCCAUGAAAGAAUGGAAGGCUCUGAGGUUCCAGGAUUAUGAAUCCGUGGAUGACUAUCACUUUGAUCUUAUGAGAAUCACCUAUAGUCUUAAACUAUGUGGUGAAGUGAUAACAAACUAUGACUUGUUAAGCAAGACUCGUGACACGAUCCAUUCAAAGGAAGUGUUGUUAUCACAGAAGGCUAAAGGUUUCACAACCUAUUACGACCUUCUCUCAUACCUUUCAGCUCUUGAGGAAAAGAAGCAGAAAAGGAAAGUCAACCUCGACAAACUCGACUAUGUUAUGGAGAUAAGUGCCGAGUAUCAAUGUGAGAUGAUAUACGGUGAUGCUGAAGAAGCUAAGAAAAGAAAAUUCGGGUGGACUCAUAUAGAUGAUGAGAUUGGUUUAUUCAUUGAAUAGAGAACCAAAUGUGAGCCACGUCCAAGAUGUUAUUAUGGACUGGCCGGCUAUUGUUUAAGCCUUUGACAUUCUGAUUUCAACUUAUGAUUUGGUGUUUUGUUUUAAAUAUAAUUUGUCAUUCAAAUUUCAUAGCAUUAAUAAAAGUUUUUCUUUUAUC